AUGUCUGCAGACGCAUCUACAGCCGUGACCGUGACCGUGUACACGCAACCUCCGGAAGACUUAAUCAGCCUCUUACAAACGCAUCACCGCCCAUAUGCACUACCACUGCUCCGACGUCUGCGUUUCACGCGCUCCCCGGGCGGUAUCACGGAGCACACACGCAUCCUAUUCGCCUCAGCACCGGGCCUCUCGCCCCGCGACCACGCCCAAGACACCCCCUUCGCAGCCGCGUACCUAGACCUCUCGCGCGGCCCCGAGACCGAGAUCUGGCUAUACUCGUCUCUAGAGCGGCGGCCCGGGACUCUCGUGUCCGCAGCUUCCGGCGCGGGGGAAAGCGCCGAGGAGUUCGCGGCAGGGUGCGCGCACUCCAUCCUGCGCGAGGCCAAGACCAUCCGCGAGGCGUUCUACGCCCCGGGGACGGACCACGCUGCGGUGCAGAGACAGGACGGGCUGGAUCUGCAUCCGGCUAGGGUGCUCGCGGGGACGCUGAGCGAGACCACGAGGCUGGCGUUGCUGAAUCGAGGGGUUGUGUUUAGCUACGUGGCCGUGUUCGACAAGUGGAUGUUUAGCCUGGCCGGGCUGCCCGAGGUGCCGAGUCCGCUGGCCGAGGGGAUGGAGUGGAGGCCGGUUGGGAGGGAGGAUAUCCCGCUUAUGCUGUCGCGGACUAAUAUUCCGCGGAAAGAGAGAACUAUUAUCCUACUGCCCAGCAUGGCUGUCUAUAAAAGCGACGGCACGCCUAUCGCUUGGGUCCUACUAGGACCCGAUUCUUCGCUGAGCAACCUGCACUGCGAGGAGGAGUGGCGCGGUAAAGGCUUUGCUAAGGCGGCGGCUGUUAAGAUUCUGCGCGAGCGCUUGAGGGAGUAUGAUGAUGAUGAGCAUUGCUGGGCGGAUGUGGCUCCGGAUAACCCAAAGAGUCAAAGGGUUUGCAAGAGUUUGGGCGGAAAGGUGGCAUGGUCGGUCUCAUGGAGCGGAAUAGACCUGGACAGAAGCUUUCCAGAUCAAUAG